UUGGACAAAGACUGGCUAUUGCUCAGUAGUCUAAAGACGACCUAAGUGGACAGGAGACCCAUCGGUUGCCCCAUACACAACAGACAUUUCUGAAGCCCCAGUGCAGAACAGACAUUGAAGAAGAGUGGACAGGAUCCACUUUAGUCGCCCCAGUAAGGAACAGACAGUGAAUUCAGUGGACGGAUUCCACGACUGACAGAUUAGGAGUGAACAGAUGCUAGGCCUGUUGCGUCAGUACGGAACAGACAGUGAAUAAGAGUGGACAACAAAUAUGUCUGCUGCCCCAGCACGGAACAGACAGUGAAUCUGAAUUGCCUCCGUGUGUACAGACAGCGAACAGAGAGGGCAAAAACUACGGCUGCUCCUCCCAAUAAGAAACAGACAGUAAUCUUGAGUGGACAGAAGCUACGGUCUUUCGUCGACUUUACACAGUGGGAAAUAAGCGUUCAUCAGCGCCAUGAGGUAACCAGCCUGAUGGAAGAAGUCACAAGGGAGAAGUAAUGCAGUCGUACCAUGGGCUGUGGCAAGAGUAGGUAUCCAGCACUGAAAUCACUGAGAAUAGGCAAAAAGGAGAAGCUUCAGAAGUCAUCAGAGCUAGUCCAGCCAGCAAGGACUGAUUUCCGACCAUCAUUUUCAGAUGUGGAGCAAUACACCAAAUCUCUAAUAGUUCAGGACAGUUUGCCAACUUCCAAGACCCUUCAAACUUCUGUUGGAGAAGAGCAACAUUUACUUGACGAUUCCAGUAGUCUCAAAUCUCAGAAAGACCAGGAAACGCCUGAGAAAGAGGAAGUAAUGGAGACCAUUUACAGGUCUUCAAGUUUGCCAGGCAGUGGAAACCAAAGACCAACAAAACCUCAACAAUCUGUGACAAGUACCACGAAUAAUAAGACAAUAGAGGAAAAAGAGAAAAAGGAAGUUGACAGGUCUCAUAGUCUGCCAGGCAUUGCAAACUACAAACAGACUAAACUUCAAGAACCGGUGACAAACGCAACAAUUUACAGAAAGGCAAAACAGCCAGAGGUAGAGGAUUCUCCAGUUCACAGCCGACCCAACAACAUCAGAUUUCUAAAAGAGGAGGACACUUUAGGAAAAGGGGAAUUAAUAAACAAUAUUCAUAGGUAUCGAGGUAUACCAAUCACUGCAAGACAAGCUAAACCUCAAGAUCUAGUGACAAAUACCCCGAUCAACAAAAAGACAAGAGAGCCAGAGGUAGAGGAUUCCCCAGUAAAGGUAGAAAAAGCAUCAAAAUCAGCACAUCAUCACACAGAGACCCCAAGAGCAGCCUUUGACACCAAGUUUGUUGCUAAUGGAGACUUGGAUGGAGACGAGGACCAUGAUGAGUAUGAGGUGCAAAGGAAGCAUCCAGUUCACAGAGCGAGGCGGCAGCUUGGGUGUCGUGGUGUAGUAGCUCGCAAGUCAUCAGAUAUUGUUGUCAAAUAUACAAGAGUCUAUGGUGAAAGUGAUGGUGCAUACAAAAACGACUCUACACCUAGGGGUUUGGUUUUCAUGGCCAACUUCACUAAUUACGAUGGGGACAGUUACAGUGAAAGAGAAGGGUCCAAUAGAGAUUUCUAUAAUCUGCUAAAUCUCUUUCAGCAAAUGGGCUAUGAAACCAGCCACAAAACUGCCAAUUACUGUAAAUCAGGAUACAUCGUAAAAUCCCAAUUCUUGAAAAUGCUCAGGGAGUUCAGUCAGGAGCAAAGACAUAGAAUGCUGUGUUCUUGUGUUGUUAUCAUCAUGAGCCAUGGUUCGGGGCCAAAAACCUUCGUUACCUCUGAUAACAAAGAGGUUGAUCUUAUGGAAGUUUACGCCAUGCUUGACAACAUGUCCUGUCAGAAUCUUCGAGGGAAGCCGAAAGUUUUCAUUCUCCAGUUCUGCAGGAACACCCCAAAGACUUUCCCAGAUUCAGUCAACUUGAACCCGUCCUCAGACCAAAGCUUUCUACGAGCUCUGAUUCGAGAGGAAAUUCACAAUGCCAUUGCAGAACAGCACACAAAUAAAAGUAAGUGGGGCGACAUUGAUGUACGCAGCCCAAGAUUCAGUAGUUUGCUGAUGAAAAGUGAGAACUCACUGACUUCGUUCAGGUUUUCAGAGAAUCACGCUGGCAGCGCACAGAAUAAUGGUGGCUCAUGCUGUCAGGGAAACAGUGACGAGGACUCUCCUGAUGCCAGAGAGUACCAGACAGACACCAAACAUGUUCCAUCACCUCCGCCAUAUGAAGGGAUUCAGCGUUUCUCUGACAUGUAUUCCAUCUUUUCCACAGCCUCAGGAGAGCUCUCCCACAGAGACCCCAAGAAAGGCUCCCUUCUGAUCCAGGCUAUCUGCCAUGUCUUUGCCGAGUACGCUUAUCAAGACGAAAUAGACAUUCUCGUGCGGAAAGUAUCUUUGUACAUGACGAAGACAUUGCAGAAGGAUGAUCCCAUUCAUGUGCCUCGACAAACUUGCGAAAGGACCAACAAUGGAUUGGAUAAAUAUUUUUACUUCAAUCCUGAGUAUAUACCUCACUGCAGACAUGUAACUAUUUGAAAAUAAUGCGUGAGUAGAUGGUGCUAGGUGCUUUCCCUAAUCUUCGACUUGGUUUUCAAUGGCAGAGUGGUGAUAAAUUGUCGGGAAAAAACAGCAUCUUGACGAUUCAACAUGUAAUUAUGGAACCAGCUCACCACCAGCUCUGUUGGUGCAUGAACCCUUCCAAAAUUCAUGCUACAGGAAUUUCGACUGAAAUCUGGUUGUACUGUGAGAUGUGAUUUCUUGAAAGAGGUGAUCUGACUCUCAGCAUGACAAAGACUUUGGCCCCAGUGAAAACAUGUCACGAUUAGUGUUUUAAGAUACACGCGAGGAGCAAUUCCUCUUGACUGUUGCCUGUUUAAUCUACUUCAUAAUAAGAGAGUCUUUCAGGAAGCAAGAUUCUGGUAAGGACAGUUUACAGUUUACUAAGGUAAUUCAUUGUUAUUGUCAUGACGUUUGCAAUAAACGGACGCAACUGGA